GCCCAAUAUAAAACACCAACGUGAUAAGCUAAAUUAGCCACAUGCUUGGGAGUAGGCUUAGGACUACCGGUAAUUUCCUGGUGACGAUAAUGGCACUGGUCCACGUUGGCAUACCAUCACGUGAAUUUGCAGCAGACAAUAAGUGAGGGUCAAAUCUUGAUCUGAAUAUUUCCCUACCACCACCAUGUCUACAGAUAACACCUUGCAAGCAAUCAAGUUCGACAAGGAGCAGGUCGCUUUGUCAAUAUUGGACCAAUUGUUGCUUCCUUACCCCACAACAUACAUUCCAAUCAAUACAAUUGAAGAUGCUUUUCAAGCCAUCAAGAAGAUGCAAGUAAGAGGAGCACCAGCCAUUGCGAUUGUGGCGUCGUUUGCUGUUACUGUUGAUACACAUUUGCAUCUCAAAUCUAAGGACCAGCCAAGAACGGUUGCUCAAUUGGUUUCCUCUAUCGAAUACCUCAUUACAUCACGCCCUACUGCAGUGAAUCUCUCCAAUGCGUUGACUGAUAUUAAGAAGUUGGUCUUGCAGUCAUUCCAGCCAGGUGACGAAGUCACCAGUAAGGUGUUCGACUUAAUCUACAAAUACUCGGUUGCAUUGUUCGAGGACGACCUUGCCAACAACUACAAGCUUGGAGAUAAUGGUGUGAGCUAUAUCACCAAGAUCUUGCAACAACAAAAUUUUAAGGGCCCCUUCUCAAUUGUUACUAUCUGUAAUACCGGGUCCUUAGCCACUUCAGGUCACGGGACUGCCUUGGGUAUUAUCAGAUCUGUUCACCAGCAAUUGAAACAGGAUCUGGGUAAAGGAUUCUGGCUCGAUCAGGUUUACCCAUGUGAAACCAGACCAUACAACCAGGGGGCAAAAUUGACUUCAUACGAGUUGAAGUUCGAAAAGAUCCCUUUCACAUUGAUAUGUGACAAUAUGGUCACCUCCUUGAUAAAUACCUUGAAUGUCCAGAAGAAAAGUGUUAAGUCUUCCUCUGCGCCAGUCAAGUUCAUCAUUACCGGUGCAGACAGAAUUGUUGAAAAUGGUGAUUCUGCAAACAAGAUUGGUACCUUUCAAUUGGCUUCCAUUGCAAACCAGUUCAACAGUAGAUUCAGUGAAGAGGAAAAGAUCAAGUUCAUUGUGGCUGCCCCAAGAACUACCAUUGAUUUUGAAACAAAGACAGGUGAGGAUAUCGUGAUUGAAGAGCGUCCUAGUAACGAGUUAACCACCUUAAAGGGUCCGGUGUUGAGUGUCAAUGAGGCUGGCGUGACAGAAGUUGGAGAAAAGCUUACAGUAGGAAUAGCUCCUCCUGAUAUCUCGGUUUGGAAUCCUGCUUUUGAUGUGGCUCCUCAUGAUUUAAUCGACGCGAUUGUGACGGAGGAUACAGACGCUUUUGUAAAGAAUUCUAACGGCGAGUUUAAUUUGAGAGUUUAAAGUGUAUAAUUCUAUAAUUACUAUACAUUAAUGAGCUAGCAAAGCUAGCGGAUUGCGAAAACU